AUGCUGCAUGUGUCAGUCAACCGUCUUCCUCGGGGAGCCCUUUUCGCACAACCAAACGGAGCUCGAUUAAACCGAUGUUACUUAUGUUCUUGUGCUAAGCUUCCCCGAGAGUUACUUGCAACUCACUUGUAUCCUCUCUCCUUGCUAGCAACCCGUGGUCUGGUCAACAUGGGUAACACGUGUUUUCUGAACGUGGUCAUUCAGGCACUUACACACACCCCCGUCCUGCGCGAUUAUCUUCUUGCUGAUCUACACCGGUGCAAUAAUCCCGCUCGAUCUCGCAGCUGUCUGGCUUGUGAAAUGAUCCGCGUCACACAAGAAAUAUACAGCCCCGUGGUCACCCCAUUCGUCCCCAGCAAUUUGUUGUACGCUAUCUGGCUACAUGCAAGUCACUUGGCCGGAUACGAACAACGCGAUGCGCACGAAUUUCUCAUCACCCUAUUGACUCUGAUCCAUGGGCAUCUGAUAGGCGAACACGUUCCACUUGGAGAAUCACUUCACGACCAAGAACCACCUUCUAAACGGCGACUUGUAGCUAGUCGACUGUCUGAGGAUUCUAACAAUUCGUCAGAAUACAAGCCUUCAAUGUCCCGUAAGCACUCAGACAGUUCUUCACACCUAUCGGUUUGCGAUAAAGAGUUGGAGACUCUAAAUGAACGGGCGGCAGCCAAACACGUACAUCCUACCGAAUCGAGCACAUCGGAUUCGGCCAGUUCUCAGGCGUCUGUUUCCAGCUCUCGUGACAGUGGAGAGUCUUGCGACUGCAUUGUCCAUCAAGUGUUCUUUGGAGAUUUGGAAUCUGUCAUAUCCUAUGAAGGCUGUGGACAUAGUUCAUCCACGGUUGAUCCUUUCCUGGACCUCUCACUGGAUGUGAUUCAGCGUGGAUCCACCUCACUUCAGGCCUGCCUGACCUCUUACUUUCGCCCAGAAUCAAUUGAUGGACUUAUCUUGUGUUCACAGUGCAACGUGGGUCGGCCAGCAGUCAAGCAGUUCAGCCUUCUCCACCUACCCAAUGUACUCUGUUUCUACUUGAAACGCUGUCAUCACGAUACGAAGAUCAACACAUCAAUCACAUUUCCGGCAGAUUUGGAUCUGGCCCCUUACCUACAUCAGGUUGAUGGGGAUCGUUCAGCCUGGUCCGAUCGGUAUUCCUUGUAUGCCGUACUCAAUCACAGUGGACAAACCAACUCAGGUCACUACACCGCCUACAUUCGCUCGGGACCCGGUUCAUGGUGUCUAUGUGAUGACCAGAAAAUAGUCUCAGUUAGUCUUGAACACGUAUUGCAAACCGAUGCCUACGUGCUCCUUUAUCACAAAAAUUUACUGGCCAUGCGAACUUAAUUUUACUCUGUUGUCAUCCACUCAACCCUGCUGCAGUAUUCGUGCCAAGCAACUGUUGCACCUCUCUUGCAUUUCUUCCAAUCAGUCAUCCUCGUAUUUUCUGGUAAAUACGUCCCCGCAGCGUGUGUGUGUGUUUGUCUAGUUCACCCGAUGACUGGCCUGUUUUUUCUUCAUUAGUCUAUCUCGUGUAUAGAACAAACUUCUUAAACCCUGGGGCUUUCAAUUUCACAUCUCGUUCGAGACCAGCUCACUGAACUAUCGGUCGGUUAUCUCGUAUCCUCGCGAUAGCAUUGUCACUACCUACCCCAUUCCCGACACACACACACACAGACAGGCACGUGAUCAUCACACGACGACUUCAAAGUGAUGAGGUUUGUCUUUUUCAAACAUGCCCUUCCGUGCAGUCCUGUAAUUUACAAUCAGUCGGUAGGUGUUUACUUCUGCUCUCAUUUGUACAACAAACAUGUGUCAAC